AUGCCGAGCCAAUCGCGGAGUCGGGACCGGUACCGCGGUCGCGACACCGAGUAUACCCGCAGGCGAUACCCAGACGAGCACGACUACAGCCACGACGACCACGAUUACGACUACGACGACGAUGACGACGACAAUGACGACCUGGAGCAGGAUGUAACCGAGCGUCGAUACAGACGGGACGGGUAUCGGCGGCCGCGCGGCGAGUCGCGCGCGCGCGCGUACUACGAGCGCGAUGCUGCGGCGGCGGCGGCGCAUGAUGAGGAGCUGUUAGCGGAGGAGAGGGAGAGGAGGCGAGCGGGGGCGUCUGGGUCCCCGCGGAAGAGCGGGCAGCAUCGCGAGAGGGAUAGGGAUCGCGAAAGGGACAGGGAGGCGCAGAGUCGGCGGAGGACCUACGAGGACGACGGGCGGCAUCGCACGCGGGACGGGCGCCGCGAGCGACGGCGGGAGGGGGGCGGUGAGGGUGGGCGCCGGGAGAGACGACGCGGGGAGUCGCGGAGGGGCGAGGCGGCGCGCAAGCACCAGAGCAGUGAUUCGACGAAUAGCGCGUCGCAUCUGCUGAGUGCGGAUGCGUUGGCGCGGCUGGGGUCACAAUAUGAGAAGGAGGACCGGCGGGAGCGCGCACAUGCGAAGGACGCGGCGAAGGCGGAGAGGAAACGGAGGAAGAAACGGGCGGUGGUGGGCGAGCAGGAGCGCGGGUUACGUGCGGAAAAGCCCAGAGACCGCUCGAGGGCGAGGGUUGCGUCCGGCGCGUAUAUGGAGGAAGGGCGGGGCCCUGAGAUGGAAUUCCGACGCCGUGGAGGGGGCGGGCCCCCGAUGGAUGCUCGAUGGCCGAAGGGAGGCGGCUGGGGAGGCAGUGUGGACGGUGGGGACGCCGGCCGGCCGUUCUGGAAGCAGAAAAAAUGGCUGAUUGGCAUCGGCGUGGUCAUUUUGAUACUGGUCAUUGUGAUUCCUGUUGCCGUCGUCGUGUCCAAGAAGCAUAACGACAAGCCAAAUGCGACGACGACGCAGCCGGAUGGAACCACGCCUUCCAACUCGAAUCUGGACGGUCUGAGCCCUGACAGCAUUCCGGGCUACGCCAAAGGCACGUUUCUCGACCCGUGGACAUGGUACGAUACGAACGACUUCAACGUCACGUUUACCAACGAGACGGUCGGCGGUUUGUCGCUCAUGGGCUUGAACUCGACAUGGGACGACUCGGCCAGACCGAACGACAACGUGCCUCCUUUGAACAAGCCAUUCCCGUACGGGAAGCAGCCGAUCCGCGGCGUCAACCUCGGCGGCUGGUUGUCGCUCGAGCCGUUCAUCACGCCUUCGUUUUUCCAAAGCUACUCUGCACUCUCAGGUGUCAUUGACGAAUACACCCUGACCCAGAAGCUCGGUAGCACUGCGGGUGCCCGACUCGAAAAACACUACGCUACGUUCAUCACCGAGCAGGAUUUCGCAGACAUCCGCGACGCGGGCCUCGACCACGUCCGCAUCCAGUACUCCUACUGGGCGGUCACGACAUACGACGGUGACCCGUACGUCGCAAAGACCUCCUGGCGGUACCUCCUCAGAGCAAUCGAGUACUGUCGCAAAUAUGGCCUGCGCGUCAAACUCGACCCGCACGGCAUCCCCGGCAGCCAGAACGGUUGGAACCACAGCGGCCGCCAGGGCGCCAUCGGCUGGCUCAAUGGGACGGACGGCGAGCUCAACCGCAAGCGAUCGCUCGAGGUCCACGACCAGGUCUCCAAGUUCUUUGCGCAGGACCGGUACAAGAACGUGGUCACGAUCUACGGGCUCGUCAACGAGCCCCUGAUGCUCUCCCUGUCGGUCGAGGAUGUCCUCAACUGGACCGUCGAAGCGACAAAGCUGGUCCAGAAGAACGGCAUCACCGCCUACAUCGCGCUGCACGACGGCUUCCUCAACCUCAGCAAGUGGAAGAGCAUCCUCAAAACCCGCCCCGACAACAUGCUUCUCGACACACACCAAUACACUAUCUUCAACACCGGGCAGAUCGUCCUCAACCACACCGCCAGAGUCAACCUCAUCUGCAACGACUGGUCCGCCAUGAUCAAGGAGGUCAACUCCACCUCAGGAUUCGGCCCAACCAUUUGCGGCGAAUGGUCCCAAGCCGACACCGACUGCGCCCAAUACCUCAACAACGUCGGCCGCGGCACCCGCUGGGAGGGGACCUUCUCGCUCACCGACUCAACCCAGUACUGUCCCACCGCCGACUCCGGCCCCCGCUGCAGCUGCGCCAACGCCAACGCCGACCCCUCCGCUUACUCGGCCGACUACAAGAAAUUCCUGCAGACGUACGCCGAGGCGCAGAUGUCCGCCUUCGAGACCGGGCAGGGCUGGUUCUACUGGACGUGGCGGACGGAGUCGGCUGCGCAGUGGAGUUACCGGACGGCUUGGAAGGGUGGGUUUAUGCCGCAGAAGGCGUAUUCUCCCUCGUUCAAGUGUGGCGAUACGGUGCCGGAUUUUGGAAGCUUGCCUGAGUACUAUUGA